AUGUCUACUUUUUACAAGUUCUAUCCCAUCGAAUACCUCAUUUGGUGGUGGGCAGAAAUCUUUAUGACAUUACUGUCCAUCGUGUUUAGUAUAUAUUAUGAUAAGAAAUUCUGGAACUGUCUUAAAAAGCUCGAUAUUGUCGACAACACAUUGCUUAAACUGGGAACAAUGACGGAUUAUGACAAACUACGUAAAAAAACACUAUGGGUUGUCUUAGGAUGGUUUGCAAUAGUCACAUUAACGAAUUGCAGUACACUAUCAUAUGUAAAAAAGAAAUAUGACUGCAAUGUUGCAAAAGCCAUGUGUUACACUUUUAUAACAAACUACUGCUUACAUAUAAACUUUAUUGGUGAUUUAACUACCGCAAGUAUUCUCGAAUACACAGGAUUAAAGUUUGAUCAAAUUAAUGAACAUCUUCAGAACUUGAUGAGAAAUAAUAAACGGAAAAUAAAACAGGCUUGGGAAAAUCCUGUGACAUAUCCGCGCCAACACAGAUGUUCAAAAAGAUUAAGCAACAAGUGCAUAAUAUGGAUCGUUACACAUCUGCAUUUGGAGCUGCGCAAAAUAUCCUAUGAAAUAGACUCAAUAUUUGGAACGCAAAUGACUUUUAAAAUGGCAUACUAUUUUGGCAUGAUAACACUUGACUUACGAGAAAUUAUCUACACAAUUCUAAUCAACAAUUAUAUGAAAUCUGGAAUAAUAUCUGCCGCUGUGAAUUUUGUUUGGCUCUCUUAUAAUGUUUUCAAAUUUCUACUCAUUAACUAUUUCUGCGAAAUAGUCUCCACCAAGGCAAGGGCAACAGCAGAUUUAUUAAAUAGAUUAUCACAUUUCACUUGUGACGUUGAAAUUCAUGAAACCGUAAGUUUUAUUAAGAUAAGUUUAUUGGAAUGA